AUAGCCAUAGUAUGUAAAACUCCAUUUUUGGAAAAUGGCACAAUUAAUCCAAGAGAGGACAUAUUUCAGCAUAAUAUGGUGGUACGUUUUAACUGUAACGAAGGAUUCACAAGAGUUGGCUCUGAAUCUGCACAAUGUUAUCACUUUGGAUGGUCUCCACAGCCUCCAAUAUGUAAAGAAAAUGUUAAACCUUGUCCGGCAUUACCCAUCAUUUCACAUGGCAGAGUUACUGGUGAAUCUAAAGCAGUAUUUCAGCAUGGUGAUAUAUUGGAAGUUCAUUGUGAGAUCUCAUUUGCACUAUAUGGAUCAAAAAUCAUACAGUGUGUGGAUGGUGAAUGGGCACCCUUACCCUCAUGCGUAGAGGAAGUAAGAACUUGUGGAUCACCUCCAACAAUUAAAAAUGGAUUUUUUGUGAAUGCUGAGUCAUCCAUAUACAGGCAUGGUGACACCGUGGAAUACAGAUGCCAACAACGAUCUAUCAUUAUUGGGACCAACCCAGCCAAGUGUCUUCAUGGGCAGUGGGAAAUACCAUCAUGUGUUGGUAAGCUAGAGGCUGAACCUUCAGAAAUGAAUUUUAGGCCUGUCUUGGAAUAUAUCAGUAUUUAUUAUUGACAUGAUUGCUCCAAAAUGUGAC